AUGCCGUCUCCGGAGGUAGAGGCGAGAGGAAAGAGAGAGAGAGGGAGGGAGAGGAGCUCUCGACAAUGGGUUACUGACGCGGCCGUACCACCGAGCAAGCGAUCCCGUUCGGUAUCUCCGACUAAGGUAGACCUCAGCACGCUGCCAAAUCCAGUCCACCGGCGCGUCGUCCUCCGUGAUUACGGACAGCCCAUCUAUAAUGCUAGCUCUCGCGCGGUGCUGCUUACUGCCUUAGAGGGUUGUAUUCAAGGACACGAAUCACUCUACAGAGCCGGAAUUCUCCAUAGAGAUAUCUCGACCAAUAAUCUUAUGAUCAACGAGGACGCCUCUAACCCCUCCUGGCCCUCGUUCUUGAUCGAUCUAGACCUAGCCAUCAAAACGCAACGACAGGGCGUUUCAGGCGCGAAGGGAAUGACUGGUACGAAGGCUUUUAUGGCGACCGGGGCGCUUCUGGGUGAGCGACGUUCGUUCAUGCACGACCUCGAGUCCUUCUUCUGGGUGUUUCUCUGGAUAUGUAUCCACUACGACGGGCCAGGUAAGGACGUCGGCCAAACCGAGUUCGAAAUGUGGAACUACAUGAGCGUGGAAGACCUGGCGACGAGGGAAAAAGGUCAAGUAACGCACGAGGGCGAUUUCAUCGAAAGAGUAGAGUCGGCUUUUACACCGUACUUCCAGCCGCUGGUGCCUUGGGUGAAUCAGCUACGAAGAGUAGUCUUUCCGAAUAGCGGGAGGUGGGAGCGCGAAGACGAGGCGUUAUACUCUCGCAUGCGGGAGGUUCUCCGCCAGGCUCGGGAGGACCCUAAUGUGUGA